UUUUUCUGUUUACUUCUACAGAUGCAUGCGUUCUGGGAUUCGGGCUCUGUCAUGGCAGUCGGUAGCGUUUCAUUUGUCGCUCUCUGUAUUUCUAUACUGCUAGUACUGACGUCAGGGGUUCAACACCACCACCACCACCGCACUACCACAACCCCCAUACCAACCACCACCACACCACCCUUACCGGACACUUACGAAUAUGGCAAUUCACUAUUUUAUUACGAUAGUGUUUCCCAUUACUUGUGCUGUGGUCAUAACACCAGACUAAACAGAGUGUGUAUGUGUUACCAUGUACCGUACACAGACAGAGAGGCCAUCAACGACCCCGAAAAAGUUCUAGAAAUUGAGAAAAGGAUCUAUACACUGUAUGACGCCGGACAUCACGCACCGACCAGCGAUCUGAACUACUACAGUGCGACAAACUACAAAAUAUGCAUGAGUCACAGCGGCGGCAACGUCACUAUCGAACUUGUGUAUGACUAAAACAUAUUACUGUAAUGAAGAGAGCACGUUUCGGAUAAUAAAUUAUGACUGAAUCUGAUUUCAGUCUGUAAGUUUUACACAUA